AUACUACGGUCACAAGUCUUCCACAAUCCUAUGCCGGACGCGACGACAACGACGACGACGACGACUCGACAUAAUCCCCCCCCUCCCCGAACAGAUACGGAGCGCGACGCUCGAUUGUAAAUAGUCGGUCAAGAUCCGGUCUUUCGGUCGGUCUCUGCACUGCUGCUUUUGUCAGAAUGUUCAGGGCUAGAACUCUUGACUUUUGCGCCCGGCCGCGGGCUGCGGCGCCGGUUCGCGCGUUCCGGCCGCUGUGUUUUUCCACGACAGCGACGGCGCGCGCAGCAGAUAUACUCGAUGUCGCCUCACUACCUUCUAGGAUUAUCCCCAAGUACCGCGAUCCCCCGAACUCAACCUCCGGCCUCCUCACCCUACACUGGCCGACGCCGCCGCGAAACAUCCUCCUGAUGCCGAAGCUGCGAUCCCCCCAAGUCCUCCGUGCAACCAUCGACUUUGCGAAGCACCUGAAUAGCACGUACGCUGGCUUGAAUCUGAUCUUUGAGCCCAGGGUUGCGCAGUUGGUGCACGAGUCUUUCAACUUCCCCAUCUACACCUGCGAUCCUUCGGCGUUUCCCGACAAGAUCGACAUGAUCACAACGUUGGGCGGCGAUGGAACCAUCUUGCGCGCUGCAAGCCACUUCAGCAUGUACUCGGCGGUACCUCCAAUCCUAGCUUUCAACUUUGGUACCAUCGGCUUCCUUGCCGAAUGGAAGUUCGAGGAGUACAAGCGCGCUUGGAGAGAGGCAUAUAUGAGUGGCAGUGGCGUCGCUGUCCAGGAUCUUUUGUCGCCGCACACCAGAGUAGCAAGUGGAGAGAAGGAACACGAUACCAACAAUGGGGGGCAGUCUGGAUGGCACGCCUCGCCUGGCAAGAGCAUGGGCCAGAGCCGGGCCGCCAAGAUUCUGCUCCGGCAUCGUCUGCGGGUCGGCGUUUACGACAACAAUGGCCAGAACAUCAACAGUCAGUUACUUCCAACGACGAAAUCCCAGGCGCACUUGCCAGCAAUCCCACCCGAGGACACAAUCCUGACAAAGAGAGAUAUCCCUCAACCAAUCCAUGCCCUGAACGAGCUCCUCAUCCACCGCGGCCCGAAACCUCACCUCGCCCACAUCGACAUCUACCUCAACAACCGCUUCUUAACGGAGGCCGUCGCGGACGGCAUACUCCUCAGCACGCCAACGGGCUCGACGGCCUACAGCCUCAGCGCUGGUGGCUCCAUUAUCCAUCCUCUCGUGAAGUCUUUGCUCAUCACCCCCAUCUGCCCCAGGAGCCUCAGCUUUCGACCUCUAGUGCUGCCCCUAAGCACAAAAGUCACGCUCAAGGUCAGCAGCAAGAACCGCGAUGGCGAGCUUGAGGUCAGUAUCGAUGGUAAGAGAAGCGCCGGCGCGGGCAUUGGCACUGAGAUCCGCGUCGAAGGCGAAAUGGUCGGCGAGUCUGCCGACGGUGAUUGGAAAGGCGGCGUCCCUUGCGUCAUCUGCGGACCAGGUAAGGGUGACGCCUCCGAUUACGACGACGAUGGCUGGGUAGGCGGCCUAAAUGGCCUCCUAAUGUUCAACUACCCGAUCGGGAGACAGUGAAUCUCGUUUUGAUACCCCAAAUGUAAGUAGUACAAAAGUCUUUUGAAAGGCGUUAGCGCUAUGCGCAUGGGCGCUGGUUUUCGUUGUUAGACAACUGGGUGGGAAUGUCUCCAUCUUCCAACGGGUUGUAUUCUUUCUGCGUCCGCACAAGACGCUAUCGACAAUUGGAGUCGAGUAUCUCCCUUUCUUUGACCAGCUUCCAAGAGCCCCUUUUAUCCAGGUUCAUGGUGUCUGCUCACGACUGUACAAACAAUUGCAGAAGAAGGCAAACUGAAGAAUGUCAAACAAGUUUAUAAUGCUAUUAUUGGUCAAAUCAUUAUUGUGUUCAGCAUGAGCGACCACUCGUCUGGUCGGGUAUAUUAUAUGGCAGUGGCCGCGGUCAUUAGGCUAUUGCGCCUCAAUCAAAACUGCCUCCUUCAG